AUGCGCGCUAUCACCUCCCUCACCAUCCUCCAGGCUCGCAGCGCUCCGGGCGGCUCUGAGUUUGCACACGGUGCAAAGUGUUGGUCACAAGAUUGCAUCAAAAUCUUUGUUGCUUGCACCCCGGUUUGUUGCAGAGGACAUCCAGCGGCUGUUGAGACGCUUCUCAAGAGGAAACAACAAAAGAUCUCAGAAAAGGAUAGCGAGAGGGAGAGGAAGCUACAAAAAGACGGAGCUAUAAUUAAAAAAAAUUUUUUUUAUUCUAUUACUUUUCUGAAAUACGUUUUUGUCUUAUUCUGAGCAUUUUCCCCACUUUGGGAAUUUUCUGUGAAUAAUAUCUGUGAAGACACCAGUCAUGUUUAAAAGCAAGGAUCCAGAGAAAUUUCACCUGGUGACAGAAGCCAAGAAGACAUACAGCACACCGGCAAGUGCUCCAAACCAGCAACCCUUACAGAAAAAUGGCACGGGCAGCAUUAAGCACUGCCAUGACAACAGCCGAGCACAGGAGGACCGAGCGAUAGAGAGGAAAGUUGCCAGGAAGAGGCUGUACCUGGUUUCUGUCAUCUGCCUGAUUUUCAUGAUUGGUGAGAUCCUCGGUGGGUAUUUUGCAGGCAGCCUUGCGGUGAUGACAGACGCUGCCCACCUGCUGGUGGACUUCACCAGCUUCAUCAUCAGCCUGUUAUCCCUUUGGCUCUCCUCCAGACCAGCGACCCACAAACUCAGCUAUGGCUGGCACCGUGCAGAGAUCCUGGGUGCACUGCUGUCUGUUUUCACCAUCUGGCUGGUAACAGGAGUGUUGGUUUACCUGGCUGUGGAGCGCCUCAUCAGUGACGACUACACCAUCGAGGGAAAUAUCAUGCUCAUUACCUCUGGUUGUGCUGUAGUGGCCAAUAUUAUCAUGGCAGUUGCCCUUCACCAGUCUGGCCACGGCCACAGUCAUGGCGGGCUCAGCUCACAUGGGCAUGGUCACAGUCACAAGAAAGCAAAAGACAAGAAUCAGGUCUCAAACAGCAUGCGCUCGAAUGAUGACUGUGUAGACAUAGAGGAAAAUCAUGCUGAUUAUGGACAGAGAGCUCAGCAGGCCAAUGCAAGUGUGCGAGCAGCGUUUGUGCACGUGUUGGGAGAUCUUCUCCAGAGCAUCAGCGUGCUCGUCAGUGCCAUCAUUAUCUUCUUCAAGCCUGAAUAUAAGAUAGCUGACCCCAUCUGCACAUUUGUGUUCUCCAUACUGGUCUUAUGCACCACCCUCACCAUCAUGAGAGACAUCCUUCUUGUCCUGAUGGAAGGUACUCCAUCGGGGGUGAAAUACAGUGAGGUGCGAGACAGCUUGUUAGUGGUGAAAGGGGUCACAGCGGUCCACAACCUUCACAUCUGGGCCCUCACCAUGAACCAGGCUGUGUUAUCGGCACAUGUAGCCAUAGAUGAGUCAGUGGAUGCUCAAACUGUCCUCAGAGAAAUGACACAGGCUUGUUUUUCCUCCUACAAAUUCCACUCCGUUACCAUUCAGAUGGAGAGGCAGUCCGACCUGAAGCCUGACUGCAUUUUGUGUGAGAACCCCAAGAAUUAGAAACACCAGCACAACAAAGCCAGGAUUUCUCUGCUGUGGUCUAUGUGGUGAUGACAAUCAGUGGUGCUCUUGGGGACCAUGAGGGCUUUUGUUUUACUGUGACAUUAGUGACAAAUUUGCAUAACUGUGUCUAAAGUGCCUUUUUGUUUUUACAAACCCAAAGAAUAAGACCCUAAGAUAUUUAGAGCAAAGACGGUGGCUUUGAAUGUAAACGAUUUUAGGGGAAAAGCAAGUGUCAAAUUUUUAUCCUUUCAUGAGCAUCGUUUUCUUGACUUGUUUUUGCUUUUUAAAUGUGUUCAUUAUGAAACUGAAAUCACUGAUGGAACAAGUCAGAAUUUUAUCUCAAAAUCUUGGGACAGGGAUUCAGGGUGGUGCUGAAGUUUUGUAUUCUUUUUUUGAGCGUUAACUCACUGUAUUGACCUCAGACGUCGGAUGCAGACCAUCAUUUGCACAUUCUACCGCAGUUUAUGCACGGACAGUUAUACCAGACACCUGAGUGUCAUUUCAUACAUGAUGUCAACACUUCUUCUAACUUUGCACAAGGAAGUUACAAGCUGCAAAGAAUAACUCAAUAAAAUAUUCAUGUUUUUCAAAUA